GGGGCGGGGCCGGCCGCCGCCUAUAAGAAGGGCCGCGCGCCAGCCCGUGCCACUCUUCCGCGCGCCCUCUCCGCACCGCGGCACUAUGGCCCCCACCCGUCUGCUCGCGCUGCUGCUGCUCCUCGUGGGCGCCCAGGCCGCCGCCGCCGAGUCGAUCCGAGAGACCGAGGUCAUCGACCCCCAAGUCCUCCUAGAAGGCCAAUACUUCUCCGGCGCCCUGCCAGAUGACGAGGACGCUGGGGAGCUCGGGCAGGAAGCCGAUGACUUUGAGCUGUCUGGCUCUGGAGAUCUGGAUGACUCAGAGGACCCCAGGAUCUUCCCUGAAGUAAUUCACCCCUUGGUGCCUCUGAGUAACCACAUCCCUGAGAAGGCAGGGCCUGGAGACCAGGUCCCCACUGAGCCCGAGGAACUGGGGGAGAAUGAGGUCAUCCCCAAGAGGAUCUCGCCCUUUGAAGAGGACGAGGAUGUGUCCAACAAGGUGUCCAUGUCCAGCACUGCCCAGAGCAGCAGCAUCUUUGAGAGGACAGAGGUCCUGGCAGCUCUGAUUGUGGGUGGCGUUGUGGGCAUCCUCUUUGCCGUUUUCCUGGUCCUGCUGCUGGUAUACCGCAUGAAGAAGAAGGAUGAAGGCAGCUACGACCUGGGCAAGAAACCCAUCUACAAAAAAGCCCCCACCAAUGAGUUCUAUGCCUGAAUCUUCUGCAUGGGCACCAGCUUGGACUUUAGCGGGGAGGGAAGCCGAAGGAUUUUGAAGGUUGGCCAUUGGGGGAGGGCAAGCUAACACUGACCUAUCAGCAUCUCCAGCUCUGUGUCCGGAGAGACGCCAUCUUCUACUCUUCCUGCCUCCUCUUGAUUCUCUGGGCCUCGAUUGUCUCAGCAGAAAAAUGGGGUUAAACUUGGCCUUUCUGAAGGCGAGUCUGGGACUGAAUCGUUUCUUAAUCUCCCAGUUUAGAAGCUAGGCCUAGCUUAGAGCCUAUACUGACCAUGCCUCAUCCAGAGCCCCUCUGAAGCUGUUGUGUGAGUCCUGCUGGAGGUCCACCCCUGGCAGCCUCCCUCCCUUUCACAGUCCUCCUUCUGCUAGGAGCUGGGAGAAGGGACUAGAGCCAUCUGCAUCUUGAGAUGUGUCCAUCAAAGGGCACUUGUGACCACACUACGGGAGUCACUGUGGUCUAGCUCGGGCCAUUCUAGGCUCUUUCAAGUGACUUUUGGAAAUGUUUUAUUUGGAGAGGGAGGGGAAUCCAAGAGGAUGGGGAGAGGAGCUGAAAGUUCAUACUGAAAUAGAUUUGUAGAAUAUUUGUAAAUCUAUUUUUAGUGGGGUAUUUUUUUUUUUAACAAUUCAUUCCUUUAUGCAGAGCCUCUUUGCCUGAGCAAGAAUGAGCAGAUGCCGAGGUCCCUGCUCUCGUGCACAUUUCCACAGUACCUGCUAAGUUUGUAUUUAAUGGUUUUUGUUUGUUUGUUUCUCGAAAAUGAAAGAAGAGCCUGAGAUAUGAUUUUUAUUAUUGUUUUUUUUUUACUAUUUAUAGCUUCAGACAGGGCCUCCCCUUCCCUCUUUCUUCUUUUUCUUUAAAGCCCUUCCCCAUUUUUUUUUUUUUAAUACUUCCCCCUCCCCUGCUCAUGACCUUGGCCCUUUCUGAAGCUGCUAAGAAGUAGCUUGUACUGAAACAUAGUUUUCUAGCAGAUCCCAAAAUAUAAUGGAAGGGAUGUUGGGAUAUUUGUAUCUCUCUUCUUGUAAUAUAUUAUUAUUCUUCCUUGGUUCUAGAAAAAUAGAUAUAUAUAUUUUUUCAGGAGAUAGUAUGAUAUUUCCAGUUUGAAGUUGGCCGGAUGGUUGAGUGAGUGAAUUUUUGUGUGGCUGAGUGGAUUUUUACCUCUUUCUUUGGCCCUGUUCCUGGUGCCUUCUCCUGAUCUGGCUGGAAUAGUUGAGGGUGGAUGAUUCCACCUUCUAUCUAGCUUUUAAUUUAGCACAGCUGGUGUUCCUGUAGAUGCUUUCUCCAAAUUUAAGAGAAAAUUGGAGAGCUGCACCAUCCAAUAUGGUAACCACUAGCCACAUGUGGCUAUUUAAAUCAAUUAAAAUUACAUAAAGUUAAAAAUUCCCUCCUCACUUACACCACCCACAUUUCAAGUGCUGAGUUGCCACAUGUGGCUAGUGGCUGCUGUACCGAACAUGCAGGCAGAGACCAUGUCUAUCUCUUGGACAGCACUGCUGGAGAACUAAACUGACUUAACACGUCACAGUCCCAGCUUUGCUGGGAUGGCCUUUGUCUCCCUGGGUAAAGAGGGGGAUGGCGGCAGGGGCUGAUUAGGCCUUAGCUCCAGAGCCUGUUGUCUGCGACGCCUCCUCUCCAGAGACGAGAGGCUGGUGGCUUAGCCUGGGCAGGCCAGGUCGUCUCCUGACCCCACUGGCUGGGUGGAGGGAAUGAUCCUCGCUUCUGCACCCCUCACCACAGGGUCCCAGCUGGCUGGGUCCUCUUCCCUGUGUUCUUCUCUGGCUGUGUUGGGAGUGAGCACCUCUUCUGUAGCCACUUCACACUGUUGUCUGUUACUGAUUUUUUUGAUAAAAAGAUAAUAAAAUCUGGUACUUUCUA